AUGUUACGUUCUGUCAGCACAAAAUUCUUCAAAAAAUCACUUGUGAGAACAAGUAUUACCAUUUUUCCAAAUCGAACUUACGUUAGUACAUAUAACACACAAAUAGCUGGGUUGACCGAAGAACAGAAUGAGCUUCAUGAGACCGUUCACCAAUUUUGUCAAAAAGAACUUAAAAUAAGGGCAGCUGAAAUUGAUAGGCAAAAUUCUUUCCCAACAGAUAUGUGGAAGAAGUUUGGUGAAAUGGGAUUACUUGGUGUAACCGCUCCUGAAGAAUAUGGAGGAUUAAAUAAAGGGUAUCUCGAACAUACAAUUAUAAUGGAGGAGAUUUCGCGAGCAUCUGGUUCAGUUGCUCUUUCCUAUGGAGCUCAUUCAAAUUUGUGUGUUAACCAAAUAGUUCGAAAUGGUAAUGAGAAACAGAAAUCAAGAUAUUUACCAAAGCUUAUUUCCGGUGAUUAUGUUGGCGCGCUUGCCAUGUCAGAACCAGGAUCUGGUUCAGAUGUAGUUUCUAUGCGUCUUCGUGCUGAGAAGAAGGGUAAUAGAUAUGUUUUGAAUGGAAAUAAGAUGUGGAUUACCAAUGGUCCUGAUGCAAAUGUUUUGAUUGUAUACGCCAAGACAAAUCAUGAAGCGGGUGCUCGCGGUAUUACCGCAUUUUUAAUCGAAAAGGAGUUCCAAGGCUUUUCAACAGCACAGAAACUGGAUAAACUUGGAAUGCGUGGAUCAAACACGUGUGAACUUAUUUUCGAAAAUUGUGAAGUUCCCGCUGAAAAUGUUUUGGGAGAAGAAAAUAAAGGGGUAUACGUUCUUAUGAGUGGUUUGGAUUUGGAAAGGCUCGUUCUCUCGGGUGGUCCAUUAGGUUUAAUGCAAGCAGCACUCGAUAUCGUUCUUCCUUAUGUACAAUCUCGGUAUCAAUUCGGUCAACCAAUUGGUCAUUUCCAGUUAAUUCAAGCGAAAUUAGCUGAUAUGUAUACUAAACUCAAUGCUUCUAGAUCAUAUGUUUACUCUGUAGCAAGAGCUUGCGAUAAUGGACAUGUUUCUAAUAGGGAUUGUGCUGCUGUUAUAUUGUAUUCUGCUGAGCGUGCGACUGAAGUUGCUUUAGAUGCUAUUCAGUGCCUUGGGGGUAAUGGAUACAUAAAUGAUUAUGAUACUGGAAGAAUUUUAAGAGAUGCCAAACUUUAUGAAAUUGGUGCAGGGACAAGUGAAAUUCGAAGACUUAUAAUCGCAAGGGAACUAUACGAGGAAUUUUCGGACCACUAA